AUGAGCAGCCACGACGUCGACAUGGCCAACAACGGCUUCACGCUGCCUGGCCUUCAGCACCAAGAGCAACAACAGCAACCUGAAGGCGCACGGCCACCUCCGAAACGCCGCAAUCGCAAGGCCGUGUCAUGUGUCUCCUGCAGAGAGAAGAAAAUCAAAUGCGAUCGUGUGGUGCCAUGCAAUCAGUGCGUCAAGCGUGGCGAGCAGGAUCAGUGCCGAAUCGAACAGAAGCCCAAGAUCAUCCACGACCACGCUCACGCCCACAGUCAUGCUCAGCACAACUAUGUCGACCCUCUCUCGCCUGGCUCUGCUGCCUAUACUCAAUUCAGCGCCGCCAUCUCUACCGCCAAAGACCAGGUCAACGCCGCUCAGUCCACCGGUAGCCCGCCUCCCGCCGAGGUGGAAGCAAUCAAAGCACGCCUUGCGCAGGUGGAGGCCUUACUUGCAGGUCAGAUGCCUCUUUCUAGCGCAAACGCACUGGCGCCCCCCUCGCCCGUCGGCUCCUCCAAUUGGAACGCCUAUAGAUCUUCGUCCGGUUCGGGCCCAGGCCAGCUCAGCCUCUCGCGCACAGGCUCUAAUAGUCCUGCUAGCCAAUUUGCCGGUCACCGCUCUUCCAGCUCCGCGCAUACCUCUUCCAUAUCGCCGCUUGGCCCACCCGAGGACACAGAUGAGAGUGACCAAGAUGACGACACCGCUCCUUCGAGCCCUCGCGCGGACAACCGAAAGGUUUCCCCGAACCCUCGUCUCCGUACAGAUGAUAUGCCUGUCUCAAGAAAGGAGAUGGAUAGCGAUACCGAAGACGCCGCAACGGUACUCGAGCGUCUCGCUAUGGAUGGUUCAUCCGAACCCAGAUGGAGCGGUGCUUCAGGAGGAUGCCCCACGCUCCAAGGUGCAACCAACAUGGCCACUGACCAAAAGUUUGAGCGCUGCUUGCAAAAGGAGAAGGAGAUGGAAGCGCAAACACUUGCCACUGGCGACAAGUUUGAAAGGUGUCUGCAACGCGACCAGGAAGUUGGGCUCAUGGCGCUCGACGAUGCUGCUUCGACGUGCCCUUCGCAGGUUUCCGAGGAGACUCCGGCCAGCGUCGUUUCGCUCCCGACCUCGGGCCAGGCUGCACCCGCAGGAAUGCUUCUCCCGCCUCUCUCGGCUGCUCCCGACCUGGACGCCAGGGCCGACGGCCAGCCUCCGUGCGCCUGCCGCGGAACGAGCGACGAUACGUACAAUCCCACGUCUGAUGGCUCACCGCACAAGCACGACCACACCGAAAACUACGCAUGUCUCAAGAAGAACGAGCCAGCUUCCACGGAGCCUUCUCCUAUCACGGUCCCAUGCAAGCUUGCUUGCGAAAACAAGGGCCUCUUCCGCCUCAAGAGCGGUGCAGAGACGCUCUUUGGUUGGGGUAUGGGUUGGGCCUGGUCGGCUGCCGAAGUUCUGUUGCAAAAAGAUCAGCAGAAAGCCAAAGAUGAAGGCAAGACCUUCGUCUCUGGCCCCCGCACAGAACGAGAGGCUGUCCUGCGCGCCGUUUGCGAAAGUCUUCCCUCCAAGCAGAUGGCCUACCAGCUCAUCGAGGUCUACGAGUCGCGUGCGCGCUACCUGUGCGGCCAUGUCAUUCACGUCCCCUGCCUCAAGCGCGAGAUGGAAGCUUUUUAUGCCCUCGAUUCGGCAGAGAAGCGCGCUCGCGUGGUCAACCACGUCGACCCUGGCUGGCUCGGUAUGUUCCUCAUGGUCCUCGCGCUAGGCCUCCGCUUCUAUCCGUGCACGCCCAAGGCUGGCUGGCAGCCUGCGAACCACCUCUUUGACGGCAAGACGAUCCAUGCCUGGCAUUCGGCAGCAAAGUCGUGCCUUGUCGUCGCCAACUACCUCAACUCGACCAGCUUGAGCGUCAUCCAGGCCAUUGUACUACUGUGCCUCUUCAGCUCGGUCUCUGGUGCCAGCUGUGGCGGUGAAUCCGACACCGGCGCCGCUAACAUUGCACUUCAGCGCGUUGCCAUCACCAAUGCACAGGAGAUGGGUUUGCACCGCCUCGGCGAUCUCGAUAAGCAGCCUCAGCCCAACGAGGCCUCUUCCAAGACCAUUCGUAGGGAGAUCGCCAAGCGAAUCUGGUGGGCGCUCGUCUUCCGCGACUGGAGCGCCGCUGGUACCGGCUGCGCCAAGGACUAUGUCAUCCGAGCUGAGCACUUCAACACGCCUCUUCCGGGCAACUACAACGAUGACGACCUCAUGGUCACUCCGCUUCCGCCACCGCGACCGCGCGAAGAGUUUACAGAAAUGUCCUACGUCUUGUCGAACCUCGACUUCUGCAUGGUGGUCAAGGAGGACGUCGAUGUUCGCUUCCGACGCGAGCUUCACACUGCCACCAACGGCGGAGACCGUCGUCUGACCUGCGUCGAGGCACAGAGGCUCGAUUUCUUGUACCGAAACGUUCUUGAAAACGCACCCAGCUUCUUCAAGGUCGGAUCCGAGAUCGGUCGCGUCACUUGCAUCGAGGUGCAGCGCUGGUUGUUGCAGCAGGCCGUGUUCAGCAAGCUGCUGCGCAUCCAUCGCCCCAACCUUUCGAGCCGCAAAGAGUCGCGCACUAACUGUGUGCUUUUGGCUCGCUCAAUCCUCGAUAUGCAAAAGAAGAUUCGAUCCAGGUGUACCGUCAUUGAUCGCCUGUGGGUCAACCUCAUGCAGAGCUUCUCCGCUGCCAUCGUGCUCGCACUUCACUUGCUCCACACUCGGCCCACUGCAGACCACCGUACUUCCGUGCGAUCCGAAAUCACCGAAGCGAUCCGGGCGCUCAAGCAGGUGGACGGCAACGACUGCGCCGCCAAAAAGUGCAUCCGCGUCAUCGAAGCGCUCCUCGAAGAGGAGGAAGAGCGAUGGCAGGCUGGCAACGCGGCGCUUGCACGCAAGGAUGCUGGUGCGACACAGGACGCAGCCAAGCCGAAGCGAAAGCGCCAGAUGGACGUGGACGGCGGCGACGACGAGGCUACUGCCGUCGCUGCAGGCGGCCGCAAGAAGAAUCUUCUCAGCCUCGCUCGGCGAGUUGCGCAAGCGACACGAGAGGACGGCCCUGGUCCACAGCGUCAUAUUCGCGCCGCUCCCGUUGCGACUGACGACCCUUCCAAGCGUCAGGCCACCUUGGCCGCUGUGCGGUCCAUGUCUGGCGCCGAGAGCAACAACAACAGUUCGCUCGAGGUCAAUGGCGUGACCGCGCUCAAGGACGACGCAUCGUUGUUCCGGAUGAACAACACCACCCUGCCAGCUUCUGGACCCAGUCCGUUUGCCAUGCAAUCCAGCGGUAACGCGGAUGACGUGUCGUUCCCUCAAGUGUUGCAGGGUUCGACCUUCCCUAGCAACCUGUUCAACUUUGACAGCACGGAUUUAUCGCAGCGCAUGCUGCCUCCCAACGGUGUCGACCUUACGCUCAACAACCAGUUGACAUCUCCGGACGGCCAGUCGUUCGAUUUGGCUGCCUUCUUAGAGCAGGUGACCAGCUCGCCGGGCAGCUCGACCGAUAUCAGCUUUUCUUCCGGCAACGAGGAGCGCUCUGCCUCGGCGUCAUCGGACGUGUCGGGCUUGGACGACAAGGCUUCCGGCUCAGCGUUUGGCAGCGGUAGCAGCCACAGCGAUGGUACCGACAACACGAGCGUGUCGAGCUUUGGUGAGCCGCUGUUGACCAAGGAGGCGAUUCGCCGACAGCAGCAGCAUCUGCAAGCCAGUGCGCCAAGCAACUCGUUUGGAUCCAGUGCGCUUGUCAGCCAGGACAACGCGGCUGCUUCGACGACGCAAACCAGUUCACCAGCAAGCGCACGUGUGGAUCCGACGACCGACAUGGACUCGUUCUGGAAUUGGAUCAUCACGCAAGGUGCCAACGGUAUCACGGCGGCGAAUCCGACACAAGCAGCGCCUGUGCUGGUGCAGCCACAGCAGCAGCCCGGUGCUGUCGUCGGUGCGAACAACAGCAGCACCGCGUUUUUGUCGCCGUCGGGAGGACAGAAGCAGCAACAAAACCAGCAGUAUGCAGGACCAUCGACGCUCCCGCCAACGCCGCAGUCUGCUCACAGCGGGCUGACACCUUUCCUCGGACCCAACGGUUUCUUUAACAACACUGCCACGGAGUCCAAGACGCACGGCUACCCCACCCCAAGCUCGUUGGCCUCCUCAUCGACUCCGCCUUCAAAGCUCAGCAAUAGUGUCAACAAUACGGCGAAUGCGUACCAGUUCCCUGCCGCUACGCCCGAAUCGCAGAACGCCACAGCUACAGGCGGUGGCGCAGGUGUAUCGGUCGGCACGCCGAGUGCAGGAUUCGGGCUCGAGUCGUUCCUCGGUGCCCCGCUGUAUGACUUUACCGACUUUGCGAAUGCGUGGACCGCCUCGCAGCCUGGCAAUGGGCCGCAGAUGGGUGCGGGCACGGGACCUGUUUCCGACCCUUGA